ACCCUUUCUUGGCUUGUCGAUUCAUGGUAUCGAUGGCUUAUGAUAAUAUAAUGUUGUCACUAGCAUACAGAUCAUGGCCUCACGGGGGCUCGACUUGACUCACAAACUAAUGCGAAGCCUUUCUUCAAGCCAUGCUGAAUUGUGGAAAAAGGGAAAGUCUGCCAGGAAGAGACGUGCAUCAACGUCCAACCCGAAAUUUGUCGGGCGAGAGAGCUUCAAAUACCAGAGCAGAGGACUGUGCAGCGGCAGAGUGCCAGCUACUGCAUGAAUUCUCACUGGCUGUCAUAGCCGGUGAAAAUUCGAAGGGGAACGGGAGCGCACAGCCUCUAAUAGAUCAUCAGCACGAAGACUUAUUAUCUGGGAAGCAGAUGACUAGGUCAUCAAACCAAGUGCGAGCGAAUAAGCAUGCAUUUGAUGGAUCGAACUUGCUUCUCGACGCUCCACUCGCAGACGAUGACACAUCCAGCUAUUAUUCGGCCGAUGAUGGCUAUUGCAUGCAGUUGGAAGAAGUUUCGAAUCGCCACGAACAGCUUGGAGAGCAGCUUCCUGAUUGUGAAAGAAGCGAGCAACUAGCAGAAGACAGCGCUGAUGUGACGUCGAUUCAUGGCGUCAAAUUUGCUGCUCGAAAGCGCUGUGUUCCUGUAAACAACGUGAAUAUGCGUGUCGAAAGAGGCACGAACCAGAAGACGUCUCGCUUCGGAAGAACUCUUAUCCACCCUCUGAAGUUUUGGUUAAACGAAGGUUAUCUCUGGAAGCACGGUAUCAUUCAAGGCAUAAUCCGAGCAGAGCUGGUGAGACAAGAAUGAUCAACAUCGAAGAACCACAGGGUAACGUGAACAAUGCACUCAGACAUCAGCUACUCAGAAGCAUUUCAUACAACUGGCAAGUCCCCUUCGAACUUGUGACCUGCGAAUGCAAGCCGGUCCCAAACAAAGAUGAAAUGCUUCAGCUCGAUCCCAA